AUGUUCUCAACCGCUGAGCUAUCUCUCCAGCCACAGUAGCGUUUUCUUUAGCAUACUUGUCUUUCUCAUCACUUUGUUUCUUAGCAGACAUGGAAGAAUCAAGGCCUUGUAGUUAAAGCAGCUGCUCAUUUAGCAGCCUCUGCUGAUCACUUCCUAACUUUGAGGCCUGGGGCACCAGAGGUGACCUCUCUGAACCUCUUCUGCAAGUAGAUGUGAGAAUUGAGCCUUGAAUGUGUCAGGAGCUUACAGUAAACUGCCGGUCAUAUGGACUACUGUUUCUUGUUUCCCUCAUAGUGAUUUGAGCUGUGCCCACUUACCUUUAACAGUUUCUUAGGGUCUAACACUAGAAGGACAUAUGAAUUAUAAACUUUAAUUGGUGGGUUUUGUUUUUUUAAGUAUUAAAUUCCCCAUGUUUGAGUUUUCCUCAUUUGUAUUGACGUACAGAUGGCUUUCAAGCUGGGUCUGAGCUACAUGCCACUGGCAGAAGUAGGUCUGCAUGCCCUUGAAGAGUGGUCAGUUCAUGUCCAGAAGCAUGUAAUCCAGCCUUACUAUAAAGAUAUUCUCCCCUGUCUUGAUGGAUAUCUGAAAACUUCAGCCUUGUCAGAUGACACCAAGAGCCAUUGGGAACCAUCAGCACUUUCUUGGGCUACCCAGAAAGGAUUUGAUAGAGCUGUGUUGAAGCAUCUGAAAAAGACAGUGAACGUUUCCUCAGAUGAAGCACUGUCCUUAGAGGAAAUAAGAAUUAGAGUAGUACAAAUACUUGGAUCCCUAGGAGGACAAAUAAACAAAAAUCUUGUAACAGCUGCAUCCUCAGAGGAAAUGAUGAAGAAAUGUGUGGCGUGGGACACGGAGAAGAGACUCAGCUUUGCAGUGCCCUUCAGAGAGAUGAAGCCUGUGAUUUACCUAGAUGUCUUUCUGCCUCGGGUCACUGAACUGGCUCUUUCUGCAAGUGACAGACAAACUAAAGUGGCAGCUUGUGAACUGUUACACAGCAUGGUUAUGUUUAUGUUGGGAAGAAGCGCUCAGAUCCCUGAAGGAGGUCAGGGAGUGCCCCCCAUGUACCAGUUGUAUAAACACACUUUUCCUGUGCUGCUUCACCUUGCCUGUGAUGUGGAUCAGACCUACAAUCAGACUCAGUAUAAAGAUGUCUUUGUCUUGAUUCAGGAUGGUAUUGUGGACCCCAUUGACAGUACUCUAAGAGAUUUUUGUGGCCGGUGUAUUCGAGAAUUCCUUAAAUGGUCCAUUAAGCAGACAACACCUCAGCAGCAAGAAAAGAGUCCAGUGAACACCAAAUCACUUUUCAAGCGGCUCUAUAGCUUUGCACUUCAUCCCAAUGCUUUCAAGAGGCUAGGAGCAGCACUUGCUUUUAAUAACUUCUACAAGGAAUUCAGGGAAGAAGAAUCCUUGGUAGAACAGUUUGUGUUUGAAGCCUUAGUGAUAUAUAUGGAAAGUCUGGCCUUGGCACAUGGAGAUGAGAAAUCCUUAGGCACAGUUCAGCAGUGCUGUGAUGCCAUAGACCAUCUGAGACGCAUCAUUGAAAAGAAGCACAUUUCGUUAAACAAAGCUAAGAAGCGACGUUUGCCACA